ACCCUGCUUACGAGUUGGUAAAUUGGACUCGGCCUACAGUUACCGUGUAUUUGGGCAGAAACGUCAUUUUGUUUAAAAUAUUGUCGGUAAAAUUGGUGUUUUAUUUAUUGUUGAAUUAAUGUUUAUUGUUCAAUGUUCGAAGAGACGUUAAAAAAAUUUAAAGGGAAAAUCUAAGCUGUCAGAUCUCUUUGUGAUUGUGGUGUAUCAGAACGUGUGAGAUUCCAUAAUUUUGCCAUUUCCUAGAAAAUACUGUACACUUUAGCAGACUGGAGGGGCACAAAGUGCCUACCAUACCUCCUGCGGAACCUGGGAGCGUAACGCUGGCACCAUCUAACUCUAGUCCCGAUAUGGACGAUGUCAGUAGUAAACGACAGGCUACAAGGGUUUUUAAGAAAAGUUCUCCAAAUGGAAAGAUAACCGUCUACCUUGGCAAACGGGACUUCGUGGAUCACAUAUCCCAUGUAGAUCCUAUAGACGGUGUAGUAUUAAUUGAUCCAGAUUAUGUCAAAGAUAGAAAGGUUUUCGGACACGUAUUAGCAGCGUUUAGAUAUGGCAGAGAAGAUCUAGACGUUUUGGGAUUAACUUUUCGUAAAGACUUAUAUUUAGCGGCAGAACAAAUUUAUCCACAAGAAAAUACAUCACAGAAUAAACGACCUCUAACAAGACUGCAGGAACGAUUAAUAAAAAAAUUAGGACCAAAUGCUUACCCGUUUUAUUUCGAGCUACCGCCGCACUGUCCGGCAUCCGUCACCUUACAACCCGCCCCUGGGGACACUGGAAAACCUUGCGGGGUCGAUUAUGAACUUAAAGCCUUCGUCGGCGAGACUCAAGAUGACAAACCCCAUAAAAGGAAUUCAGUCAGGCUGGCAAUUAGAAAGAUUAUGUACGCCCCCAGUAAACAAGGAGAACAACCGUCCGUGGAAGUUAGUAAAGAAUUUAUGAUGAGUCCGAACAAGUUGUACCUGGAGGCUUCCCUAGAUAAAGAAUUGUACCAUCAUGGAGAGAACAUUGCAGUUAACGUCCAUAUCGCAAACAACUCCAACCGGACUGUUAAAAAAAUUAAAGUAUCAGUUAGACAGUUCGCAGACAUAUGUCUUUUCUCUACAGCUCAGUAUAAAUGUACAGUGGCGGAAACAGAAAGCGAUGCAGGUUGUCCAAUACCACAGGGCUAUACAUUGAAUAAAGUAUUCUCUGUGCGGCCCUUGUUGGCUAAUAACAAGGAUAAAAGAGGGUUGGCCUUAGAUGGUCAAUUAAAACACGAGGACACCAAUUUAGCUUCCUCAACUAUAGAGGGGUGUCCCAUCGGCCCAGGCUUCACUUUGAGCAAAGUCUUUACACUCACACCUCUACUGGCCAAUAAUAAGGAUAAGUGGGGCCUCGCUCUGGAUGGACAGUUAAAGCAUGAGGACACUAAUUUAGCGUCAAGCACUUUAGUUGCUGACCCUUCACAACGAGAAAACUUGGGAAUCAUAGUACAGUACAAAGUCAAAGUAAAAUUGUGCUUAGGAGCUUUGGGAGGGGAUUUAGUUGCUGAACUUCCAUUUAUUCUUAUGCAUCCAAAACCCGAAGAAGAAAUUAUUCCACCGCCAUCACCCUCGCGACGUGUAAGCAAAGACGUGGGUAACGAUGUUCCAGUUGAUGCAAACCUAAUACAACUAGAUGCUGAUGAAAAUAAUCUACAAGAUCACGAUGACGAUAUAAUAUUUGAAGAUUUUGCCAGAUUACGGUUAAAAGGAGGAGAGACUGAUGCAUGAGACCAGGUAGAGGCAAAGGCAUCUGUGCCAGCCCGUCCAUUAAUACCUAUACGUACCGAUGUGUAUGUCAUCUGCGAUUAGGUGUAAACCGCUCCACAGUGUGUACCCUAGUCAUCGGCUGUGCUGCAAGCCACAACCAGAACGCACUAUUAUACAUUUAGAAGAUCAUAUGUCCCCUUCUUGGUUUUCUUACAUGUAACAUAACACUAAAUAUUUAUUCAUUAUAACGAUGUAACGAAUCAA